UUGACAUUGAUGUGCUCAAUCUCCGUUUUACUUAGCCGACGAAGACUAUCUUCAACAUAAGCUCAGCUGCGGGAGGUCUUCAGCCUUGAGAGACAUAUCCUGUUCUACGGGGGAUGGGGACAGCGACAAUGGUGAUGCAGCAGUAUCGUACACCACUGAUGAUAAUAUCAUCUGUAUGAUGCAGAUGAUACUACCAUACUAUGUUGAUCGAUCAUUACGAGUUAGCUAUAGUCUCAAGGCUCUCCUUCUCCCAUUUCAGUUGCGGGUCGGCUUUUAUAUCGUUAGUUCUCUACAACUCCUUCAAGGUUGUCUUUGACCAUAGCUUUCUUACUUGUGCCUGUAUCGAUUUCUCAAUCUAUUCCCAGACGAUCGUCAAACUGUCUAUGAACUGAUCGCUGCUCCUAUAACGAUGGGGUGGCGGAGCAGUGAUGUUUUACACUCAUUAGCAUGCUCAGCAGUAUCAACAUUUUCGUUCCCCUAUGGUUAGUUUGGGAUACCAGAUGUAGCCAGUGUGGGAAAAUACAUAUGUUAUUUUAUUUAUGUUUUAUUUUUUUUGUUACAUAUCCGCCACAUAUGCUGGUGACAAUAUGAGAAUUCUGAGGAAAUUUGGCUAAAUUCUUGUUGCUUUCUGUACACUCCUACCCUAGUUCGUAUAUGAACUCCUAUAGUUAGUGAGGAAACAGCUGAGGAAAGCGAGCAUAUAUCACAACACUGGAUGCAGCAGUGAAGUGCUCUUGUCGUGUUCUUCAUCACAAGCCCGUUGUUCCCAUCAAUAUGAGUACCCCUAAGCGUGUGAGGGUGUACGAUCCUUUGGAGGAGUUCAUGUCGGGUGAGCAGUUGAAGUUCGUAGACAACGACGAAGUGCCGCCGUCGGCUCCGCUGUUCAUUGUCGGCCAGAAAGCGGCCCUCCAGGCCUUCGCGAAGGAAUCCCAGUCGUUGCUUCCUGAGGGCAUUCGAGAACAAUUGAAUAAUUUCAUCCGAGCUGGUUCUACAGAGGACUCGUGCGAAACUCAGGCAGUGGCGUAUAAAAUUGGUAAUCAUAUGCAUACCGUCGGAGGCCUCAAGAAACAACAAAGAGUUUUACGCCACUUCACGUAA